AUGGGUUUAGAUGGCAAAGAUAUACAGUGCAUUAGAAAUUUAUAUUGCCAACAAACUGCAAAAGUAAAAUAUGGAGAUAUAACCACAACGGAUCUUCACAUUCACAGGGGUGUUCGCCAAGGAUGCAUUCUAUCACCACUGCUAUUUAAUAUCUAUUCAGAAAAAAUAUUUCAAGAAUCAAUAGCUGAAGAAAAUAGAGGAAUAAAAGUCAACGGCACAUUUAUUAACAAUAUUCGAUACGCCGACGAUACCACCAUAAUUGCAGACAGUAUCGAAGAUUUACAACACCUAAUGAACAAGGUAAAUCACCACAGCAAAAAAUUUGGUUUAAACAUGAACAACAAAAAAACCAAAUACAUGAUUGUAACUAAACACAACAUACCAUAUACGAACGCUUCCAUCUACAUCGACAAUGAACCCAUAGAACGUGUAAACAACUUCAUAUAUCUCGGAUCGAUGUUACACGAAGGCUGGGAUUCUGAAAAAGAAAUAAAACGUCGUAUAGAAAUGGCGAGGGGCGCCUCUUUGAAUUAUCAAAAAGUAUUGACCAAUCGAAGUAUUAACAUCGAAUUGAGAUUGCGUUUUAUGAGAUGCUACAUAUGGUCAGUUCUCAUGUACGGUGCUGAAACAUGGACUCUGAAAGUAUCAAGCAUGAACAAAAUUGAAGCAUUUGAAAUGUGGGUAUACAGGCGCAUGCUAAAAAUAUCGUGGACAGAAAGAGUCUCAAAUUCUGAAGUAUUGAACAGACUAAGGAAACAAAGAGAACUACUGCUGACAAUCAAAAAACAAAAAGCCGCAUAUUUUGGUCAUGUAAUUAGGGGCCAGAAAUACGAACUUCUGCAAUUAAUUAUCCAAGGAAGAAUUGAAGGCAAACGAGGAGUGGGAAGAAAGCAAAUGUCCUGGUUACGAAAUAUUAGAAACUGGACAAAUAUAAGAACAAUUGGAAAUUUAGUUCAUAUAGCAUCAAAUCGUGAGGAGUACGCUAAUAUUGUUGCCAGCAUUCGCUAA